ACAGGAGGCAUUACCUUUGGAGCAGCUCUCAGAUCAUUUUGGAAUAUAACAUGCAAUCAGAUUUUAAUUUCUACAAAUUUUAUACAAAACUGGUAAUAGUACUGUUGUCAUAAUCCAGAGAAUUAAAGUGCAAAAGCUGUAAAAGGAAUUUUUCGGAGUACUAGAAAAACAGAAAACUGCACUUGUUUCUCUCUAGUAAAGGAAUUCUCCUAAAAUAACUUUUUGUAAUUUAGCAACUCUUCCAUUGCCAAAGAACUCUGAAUCAACUUUCUAGACAAAAUCACAAACAAUUUAGCCUCCAGGAAUGCAAUGGCAGAUUGGUUUAGAACCAGACUUCACAGUCUUUCUUCUAAACCUGAAGUUGUCAUAAUCACUUUUAGGGAAUGUUUGGCCAAAGCUUGUAAGGAAUUAUCAUACUCCUUACUGGGAGGAAACAAUGCUAAGAAUUCACUCCAUAGUUAGAGAAACUUGUCAGCAUAUGAGGUCCACCUACAAACGUACUUAUUCUCUCAUUCUCAUUUUCCAGAAUUGCAGUAUGAGAGUCUCAGUUCUUAAUUAUCAUAAUCCUAAGAGAUCUUUUAACCUCAAAGAGCCAUAAAAAAGUUGUAUUAUAUUUACAACUCCAAAAAACAGUCCUUGUCACCAUUAAUCUCAUGUGCUGUGAUUCAUUAUCUGACCUUCCCUUUCAAGGAUUGUGCAUGAAGGAGACCAUGGAAAGACAGCUUCUUAAACAUCCUGACAGCUCAAUUCUCUUUUGAUCUUUGUUAGUCUUAAAAACCACGUGCAGUCAAAAAGGUUUAUAUAUUUACCAUCAGCUUGGGGAUAAAAACUCCUAUAUCCCACCUAUGAUCAAAACUUUGUUAACUUGCCUGCAGCACAAGAAAGAGCACAGAGUUCUCCUCAGUAUGUUAACACUUGAUUUGAUAAUCCAUUCCCAUUUCUUGACAAAAAUAUUAAUUCUACAGUGCUUUGUACUCUAUGUGGUUUAGUGAAGACAAUACUUCACGCUUCCUUACUUCAUAUACAGAAACAAUGACUUUUUCAAUGUGUUUGUUACAUUGGCACUGUUUCUUAACAAACAGCUACAACAAGUAAUGUUGUCCCAGUAUUUGGCUAUUAAAUGUGCCUGAAACUAAACUAGAGAAAAACUGAAAUAGAAUUCAAGAAAGUUAUAGGGAGAAAUCAAAAGACUGGAAACAGUUAUCUUUGCCUUCUUUUUCUUUUCCCCUCCAUUUAGCCCACCUUUGCCACAGCCUAAAAAUCCUACUGCACUUUUCCUAGUUUCAAAAAGCAUUCCUCAGCAAUGCUGUCAAUCCCUAUCUUCAUCUGAUUUAAGAAAAUAUUUCUGAGUACAUACUUUGUUGCCACAGCCUAUUCCUUUUCAACCUGAAGAUUAAAUAACUGUAGUAUUUACUGUUUCUCUGGACUGUACAUUCUACAAAUCACAGAUGACGCAGAAUGUAAUCUUCGCAAACUGCAUACCUCAAUUUGACAGUAAUGCCCUAUAACAUGCAGUAUCUGCUGAUUUUUGACCUUUAUUACUUUGAAUGGCAUACAGUUUGCUUUUUGGACAGUUAUCUUCUGUUUUCAAUACAGAAAACCUGUUAUAAUACCAGCUGUAUUCAAAAAUUGGAAUUGAAGUUCUGUACCUGGCUAAGUGAAAUAUCCAAAUGGCAAUCUCCACCUCACGCUCCCCAAGAAUUCAUUUAAUACAGGUCAUACAUUUCCUGUUGCUCUAAUCCCUGUCCCACUUCAGUCUGUAGAUCAAACUUAAGGAAUUAAAAUAUUGUUCAAAUACUUUUAAGACACUGGCAGUCACACUGUGCAUUAAAGAUGCCUCAUGUUUUUUCCGUUCAAGUAAGCAUAUGGAUAGAUCCGCAACCUACUCUUGCUUUCUUUUUCGUUCUCACUUCAGCGUAGAAGAAAGCAAUUACUGUGCUUACACUUGUGCUUCAGAGGCAGGCAGUGCUAUGUUUGCAGCUGACAAGGUCUCUCUACCUAGGGAGCUGGUCUCAGACACUUCCUACUAUUGGCCAACUCCAUGAGAGUGAUCCGCCUCGCAGCAAGGCUGGGUUGCAAACAGGCAGAACCAGAUUCCCCAAGUAGAAAGUAAUCAAUUUGCCUGUCUACUGCAGUUGCAGAAGUCAGCUUCCCUCUCGCACUGCUGCACUUGAAGAUGAGCCCUUGGACAAUUAUUUAAGGACUAGGAGCAGAAAGCAUACUGAAAAGACUUACUGGAAUGCCACUCAAGACACAGAAAAUAUUCAAAACAAUAUUUGUCUCAUUAUACUCAAGCUUAGCCUCCAGAGUUCCCUUCUAAAGGAUAACGUGUGCCAUCAACUGGAUUCAAAGGUUAUAGAUACCUCUCCAUGGAUAUUGCUGCAUUCAAGAAGACAAGCACACAUUCAACAGAGGUUAUUUAAAAAUAUAUAUAUAUUUUAUCGUGGGCAUAAAACACAUAUACUGCAAAAAGCUGCCAAUUUUUAAGAUUUUGUUUUUAAUUUCAAUUUUUUUAAAUGGAAGAUGUCUUCAAGCAAGUCCUUGAAAUACUUUCCUAUGUUCAAAAUCAAACAGGGAAAUUUAGACUGACUGCAGAAGCCAGGCUGAAAGCUACACCCACAGCCAUUUGAAAGGGAAACAAGCUAAAAGAAAAAAACCGGAGCUAACUCCCUGUGUUGCAAGAGAGGUUAAGAGCAAAGAAAAAAACUGAGCACAAGAAUCAUGAGAGAUCGCCUCCAGGAGCUUAAACUCCGAGCCAAAGAACUACAGAUGGUUGGAGAAAAUAACUGUCCACCCGUACGAGACGAGCAGGAAGAGUUUGAACAGCAGGCCAUUAUUUACGAAAGGGAGCCCAUAACCGAAAGGCACUUCCAUGAAAUCCAGAAGCUUCAGAAUGAGAUCAAUAAUUUGGUGGAGGAAGUUCAAAAAUUCAGUCAACAACAAAAAAGUCUAGUUUCUUCAAUGAGAAGGUUCAGUGUUCUUAAAAAGGAAUCUAACACAGCAAGAGAAAUAAAAAUUCAAGCAGAGCAUAUACGAAAAGGUUUGGAUGAACUGUCAAAAACAGUGAAAAAAGCUGAAAGUGAAUAUGGGUUAUCACGUGCCAUAGUAAGAAUUCUAGCUUCCCAGCACACUUUCCUGUCCCGGUGUUACCUAAACGCUAUGCUUUCGUACAAUGAAGCUAUAACAGCCAAACAAGAGAAAUGCAGAAGAUUUAUUGUUCGUCAGCUUGAAGUAGCUGGUAAAGAGGUAUCAGAGGACGAAGUCAAUGAUAUGUUCCAACAAGGAAAAUGGGAGAUUUUCAAUGAAAAUCUACUCACUGAAGCAAAAAUUACUAAAGCUCAGCUUUCGGAGAUUGAACAGAGACACAAAGAAUUGAUCAGCCUAGAGAGUCAGAUCAAAGACUUGAAGGACCUUUUCAUCCAGAUAUCAGUUCUGGUGGAAGAGCAGGGGGAGAUGAUCAACAACAUUGAAAUCAGUAUGAACAACACUCAAGAAUACACCCAAAUAUCUAGAGAAAAAUUUGGACUUGCAGUCAGGUAUCGAAAAAGACACCCUUGCAAAGUAAUAUGUUGCUGGUGUUGUCCGUGCUGCAAGUGACAAAGCAAACGACCUUUGUAAGUAGCAGCAGUUCUUAUGCAGGAAACUGAACUUAUCAACGAAUCCCAGGAUUCUUUUAUUGCCUCAUUCUUCUUCCCUUUUCGCCUUCCACACUUCCACUGAGGAAAAAUUGCACCUGUUUUUCCAAACUGAGUUCAAAGAUUGAAAUGAGAUCUUCACCUGUGCUUAAGUUUUAUGGUUUCCACCGAAACACAUAAACUAGAGGAAAAGAUCAAAGGAGACAAAUAACACUUUCUUGUUCUUCCACUCAUAAGAAGCGUCAACAAAACAAUGUGUCAAUAUGCCAUAUGUGCUUUUGGGAGACAUAAAAAUUAUUGUAAAUCUCAGACAGGAUUCAGAAGACCGGUUGAAUUACCUUUUAUAAAAUAACAAUUAGUA